AUGUGCGAAGCGGGAACAGGAGACCUACAAUAUGCGAUCCCCCGCGCCGCCCGCUCAGUCUGCCGCCGGCGAGUAAACAGGGUGAACGUUACUGCAUUUUGGCGCGAAAUGGCUUCCUCGCAGCGCAAUCGUGCGAUCUCUAUGCGCGAGAUUGCUGAUUUUUUACAGGAUAAUGAUGACUCUGAUAUUGAGGAGGCUCAGAAUGAAGAAAUUGAAGACUUGUUGUCUGACCUGCAAGUGGUUGUGGCCAGUCAAGAAAGGCACGAUGAUGGUGCAGUUGAGGAGCAGGAGCAAUUUCGUGAACCGGUCAACCAGCGAGGGCGUACUCGGGAGCGUACACAGAGAAGGUUUCGGCGCGGGCGUCAGCGCGGCGGCACAGUGCGCUCAACUACACACGGGCGAUCUUCACAAAUGCAGAUUACUCUAAGAGAAAUGGACGAGGCCAAUGGAUGGACGUAUGUGCCAAGUGAACGUCUAUUAGAAGACCCUGUCUUCAAAGAAGUAUGUCGUGUCUUAGCCCCCAUAGAUGAGAAUUCAUCAGAAAUCGACUGCUUUUCAGUCUUUUUCACAAACGAUUUUUGGAAGCUCCUGAAAACUGAAACGAAUCGAUAUGCCGCGCAGAUGAAGACCAAGCUGGCUAGACGAGGACUGCUAAAACCAGGGAGUAUGCUCGAUAAGUGGACACCCGUUACGUUGGAAGAGCUGAAACUUUUUUUCUCCAUAAUAAUUCAUAUGUCGCUAGUGCAUAAAGAAAGCUUUGACGCGUACUGGUCCACAAGAGAAAUUAUACACACCCCAUAUGCGGCCAAACUGAUGAAUAGAGAUCGUUUCAGGGCUAUUUACAGUUGUCGUCACCUGAACGACAAUUCCAAAUACAUACCUCGGGGUCAAGAUAACUACGACGCCUUUUUCAAGCUACGGCCAUACUUUGACGAGCUCUGUCGGCUGUGUGCUACCAGUUUUUAUCCUGGGGAAGCCUUGACGAUUGACGAAGGGACGUGUGGCUUUAGAGACAGAGUACACUUCCGAGUUUUCAAUAAAGAUAAACCCGACAAAUACGGAAUGAAAAUUUAUAUGUUAUGUAACGCAGCGACGGGGUAUAUUUUGAACAUGGUUCCAUAUGUCGGUGAUUCCAAAACGGUUGAGAAAAUAGUCACAGAACUAAGUGAACCGUACUUUGAAAAAUGGCACAUGAUAUAUAUGGAUCGAUUUUUCUCCAGCCCAACGGUUGCAGACUUACUCUGGCUGAAAAAUACUCGUGUUGUCGGCACUGUGAUGCCGAACCGGCGUGGCUUGCCCCAAGAAUGGCGACAACAGCUCUUGGAGGUGAAUGAAAUGUCUUUCUGUCACCGUGGGAAUCUCACCGCCUGUAAGUGGAAAGACAAGCGGGACGUUCCCUUCCUGACGACCAAACACGCCGCAACCUGGACAGAGGUGACUGUAAAAGCUAAAGGAGGUCUGGCAAAAAAAAACCGGACUGCGUCUUAG